UCAGGUUUAGUUGGCCACAGUCGGUUACCAGACGCGACGCGAAUAGGAUGUCCGUCGUCGUGGAGGCACGUCGGUUGUAAUCGACAUUCUCCGCGGUCUCUAUCUCUCUCUAUAUCUUUCCCCCUUUUCUUUCUACCUCUUAUAAAUAUAUAUAUAUAUUUAUUUAUUUUUAAAUAAAACGUGCGAUCUUUAUACCCUAUCGGUAUUCAUGCGCGUGUUCCUAUAAACCAAAACACGUGUUUCUCGACUGCCAUCAUAUACCGAGAGGAACAAUAUAUUUUUGUUAUUAACAACAGCCUUUCUCCUUAUCUUCUCUUCCUUGAACUUGGACUCAAGUUGCCAGUUCAACGACACGGGUUUUAUACAUAAAUUCUAUAAGCAAAAAAAAAAGGGUCAUUGCACCUAUUCCUUGGGAAUAAAAAUCACCUUUCUUCGCUUCGUUGCACUUCUUUUUUUGUGAUUAGGAUUCUGUGUUAAAUCUUUUUGAAAGGAUUUGGGAAUAAUUGAAGAAGAAAGAAAUGAAGAUCAGAAGAUAAUAAAAGGAAAUAAUUAACUGAAAAGAAGGCCUUUGAUGAGCAAUCAAGGAACUCUUUAUGUGCAAAAAAGGGUUGAUGACCUGAAACACUAUCAAUUUUCUAUCAUCAAAAGACCUGUUUAACAGGUAAGACACAUUUCCUUUGAAGACUCUACCUUUUUUUGGAUAGAAACUAAUGGUCCACGGCUGCAAGGUGACAAGUGUGGCUUUGAAGUUUAAGAUAACGCCAAAAGUGUUUCUAACUUAAUAAAAAAAAAAAAAAGUGUCGGAAGUGAAGCUUUAAAAGUUUUUCUUUCAUCCAAAUUUCAAGUGGAACAAUAUUAUACAAUUUGCACAGUAGCUGGACCGAUAAUUUUAACAACCAAAAAAAGUCUUUAGAAUUAAAGGAAUUCGAAGUGUUUUUGAAGAAAAACAAAAAAAAGUGAAUAGUGAAUUUUUUUUUUUGUGAACAAAUAAGUUUUUUUUUUUUUUAAUUUAAAGUAUAGUUAGAAAUUGGAAGUAAAAUUCCGCUCCUAAUGAAAACAGUGGGAAAAGCAAUGAAGAAACGUGCAAUCAGCUGACUAGAAGAGUUCUUUGGAAUUCUUACAAGGAACUCGAGUAUCAACGAUCGGAACAAAAAACGGAAAAUAAGAAAAGAUAAUCGGAAUCGUCAUCAAAUCUAUUCAAUCAUGACAUUCAGCACCACUUUCAAUGGUGAUAAAUCCCGUUUUUCUAAUGAGAAGUCCUCUCGGCCUAGUACCGUGUCAGCGGAGGAGGGAAUUCCAAAUGGAGGACUAGGCUCAAAAUUAAAAUGUCCAACGCCCAUAUCACGAUUGAGGGUGGAAAAAAUCGAGGGUGGCCUCAUGGUGGCGGGUGUUGUAAUUGCAGCAAAUUGUCAAAUUGCUUUACCUGCAUUCGGAUUUCUUUUUAUGCUUGUUGGAUCAGUACUUACAGCGGCAUCGUAUCGAGGUCCUGGCCAGCAUGAGGAUAAGGAUUCGUAUGCAUCGAGAAUUGCUUUGACAGGAAAUUCCAGGAUCUUAGGACCAAUAUGCAUUGUUGUUGGUGCUCUAAUGCUUGCCUUGGGUGUAUUUCUCUGUAUGUUAACGAGACGUGCGAGAAGAAGAGAAAGGCGUGUUGGUUUCCAUUGUCCUUUGCAUGGGGAUUUUUAUCCAUUGAGUCCCGUUCAGGGCAUCAAAAUUCUCAAUGGACAUGGAAAGAAUGAGAGCAGUUGGCCCAGAAUUCCGUGUUUUAAAAGACGACCAGUCAAUAGUGGAAACGGAAAUGCAACCUUGAUUUCCCACAUGGGCCCACCGCAGUGUCCUCAUUCGGUUUUGAACAGUACACGAAGUUCUGUUAGUAGUUCACCACUAAGUCCAUGUCCGACGCCAAUGCCCUUUUUAGUAACAUCCGGUUCCGUCAGUAGCGGAAUGGUGCAAAGUGUUGGUGCUAAUCUAUCACCGGAUCAAACAUUUGGUUCUAUUCGUUCAUUAUCAGUAACGAGAGAGGUUGCCAGUUUUCCUCUUUCACGAACUCCGACACCUCCACCUCAACACAAACCAGUAUCCGUAGCGAAUAGUGAUGAUCUGGUAAAUUUGUCUAGUCCAUUAAGAGAAGCAUCAUCUCCAAGACCGGAAGUUCGUGUGGUUGCACCAUCUCAUCGACCACCUUCCGGCCUGGUGACAAGCAAUAAUAAUUCGUCAAAUCGUAAAUCAGUAAGUAUCAUACUUCCCGAAGAAACCGUUGGAUGACCGCAGCAUCAUCACGGCUUCAUUCAUCGUUGCGAUAAAAAUCAACCUUUAAUUUAAAACAAAAAAAGUCUCGAUUCGCUGACAAAAAUCCUCUCUUUUUUAAAAAAAAAAAAAAACCCCUCUUCUUUCUCUCAAUAUCUCAUCAAAAUCUCCCCUCAUUAAAAAAAAUACAAGACUCAUUAAUAGAUUUUUUAUAUUUAAUUAAUAAAAUAAAAAAAAAAGAAGAAGAAAUAUUUGUAAAUUUCUAUAUUUACAAUAACAAUCAGAAAGAAUAAAAACUAAUCUUCCUGGUUUUUGAUUUCUUUCUUAUUUCUCCGUUUAAUGGAGAAUAUGGAAAAAAGGGGGAAAUUUUGAAAAAAAAAAUUAAUGAGAAAGAAAGAAGAGUGAAGAAUAAUUAAUUUUUCACGCCGAUGUGACAAUCAGCGAAUUUAAAAAAAAAUAUCUCAGGAAAGAAUUUUUUUUUUCUCAAGGAAUGGAACUGACUGAUUAAUACGCACGAUGGUAAAAGUUUUUAUAUGAUUUAUUUUCUAUGAGGUGUUCAUCGAAUUUGAGACUUUUAUCUUUUCACUACAAUUAAAAAGAAAAAAAAAUAAUGAUGAAAAGAGAUCAAUUUAGCCUUAAUAUUAAUCUAUUACUUACAUAUUAUGCUCAUUGUUCACUAUCUGUUCGGAAUUUUAUUUUUUUUUUUUAAAGCACCUGUAAAAAUGUAAAAAAAUAACAACAAAUUUUCUUAUUAUUUCUUCAUAUCAUCUUUAUUCUCUCAUAUGUUCAUUGUUAAUCUUUUUUUUUUUUUAUUUUUCCGAUCAGAUGGUGAAUAUUUAUUCUAGUCCUAUAUAAUAUGAAUAAUUAGAUAGUCAAGGAAUCGUGUCAAACAGCGAAUGAGAUUAGAAUAUUUUCACGAUGAAUGGAAAUUUAAUUCCUAAAAAAAAGGGGGGGGGGUUUCUGUUUCAUAUUUAAAAGCAUAUUCCAUCUGUCUGUUUAACAGCGAUGAUUUUAAAUGUCCACAGAAAUUGAAAAAAAAAAAACAAUUUCCACAUGGGCAAAAAUAUAUAAUUAAUUUUUGAUAAAUUUAUUAUAUAAUUUUAGCGAUUAUUUAAUCAGAUAUUAGAAAUUAUAAUUGAACUGUGGACAUUUGACGAGGGGGAAAUUAAAAUAAUGGAUUUAAAUUUAGAGCACCGAUGCUAGAAUUAUAUGAAAUGUUGGACAAUAUAUCACAUUAUGUAAUCGUCUGAUGUUAUAUGCUCGGAUGUUAUUAGCCCGUAGAUUAUCUGAUAAUAACGGUUAAAUAAACAAAUUUCGACAAAGAAUUAAGAAAAAAAAGAAAAAAAAACAAGUGAUAAAUGGAAUAGGAAAAUUUUGAAACGCGCAAGUGCUUCGACAAAUUUAUAGGCAAUAAAUGGGAGUAAUAUUAAUAAUUAAUAUUUCAUUAAUGAGACAGUUGUCAUAACAUUUAGUGAAAAAAAAAAAACAGAAAAA